AUGCAGGAUUUCGUUUUCUUCCCGGUGAAACCUGUGAAGGUUUCAGUUCCUUCCGCCCAACGUGGAGAACUGAUCCCAGUUCUCCUCCCCGUGAUCAUCUGUUUGCUUUUCAUGGUAUUCCUGAGGACGUGCCGCCGACGCAGGGCUGCUCAGGGGAAUGGAAGAGCGCGGGGCACGCUGCUGACGUCGUUGCGUGUUUCGAGGCGUGAAGCGCAAGAUGGACAGAAGGUCGCCACAGCCGUGUUGAAGCCCAUCGAGCGGGCCAUGCAGCCCUGGAUCGAUGGCCCAAGGAGCGUGGAGUACGAUCUCAACAUAUUCACGGUGGGUGGCAGAGUGACCGAUGUUUGCGGAACGAAAGCGACGAUCGUCGGCGUGGACGAAGACGGAGACCUUCCUGUCUUCACCGACGAUGGGAAGACGAUGAUUUUCUAUGCAAAGAAUUGCCGGAAGGCAAUCAGUGUUGGAGACCGGGUCUUCAACACCAGGAGAGAAGAAGUGGCCGAAGUCAUUGGCUUCGACCACAUGGAUGACCCCGUGGUGGUGAAGCCUAACCAACUCCGAAGCGCUUGGCCCCGAUGUGUGAUCGAACGUCUCACAUCCAUUGGUGACCGAGUGCACUUAUGCGAGACCAUGGGAACUGUGGAGGGCUUUGAUGAAGAUGGUGACUUCAAAGUGAAAAUGUCGAAUGGGCAGCCCGUCGUGUGGUAUGCGCACAAAUGCAAGCAAGGCAUCGGUUGUUUGCCAAAGAAAAGCUUGGCAGAUGAGCUUCUAGAAGAGCUUGGCAUGAAGGAGCUGAAGAAACUGGGACUAACCGGACUAACCGGACUAACCGGACUAACCCAAUCUCAAUCACAAAGUCAUCCAAAUGAUCGGAUGCACGCAGGGUGA